AUGAUGUCAAAGACCUUCUCCGUCUUAUUGCUAUUGGUCUUUAGCCUUAUCAUCUGUCCAACAAAUGGCUUCCGACGAAUUCCUCGCUUACUGUCGCUACCAGGGCGCGCCUUGUCAUCACGAGGCGGCAGUUCCCUGGCGAGGACAGCAGACGCCAGAGAAAGGUUCAUUCUAGACAAGUAUGUGACAAAGCUGUUCAACGACGCGGAUACCAACAAGGAUGGUGGGAUAUCUCCCGCAGAGGUGUACGAGCUUGUCCUCAAGUUUUACAUUUUUGUAAAUCAGCAAGCGCCCAUCCCUCCACCCUCUCGAGAACGGGUGAUGCGUCUGUUCAAACUCGCCGACAAGGAUCGAGGAGGACGAUUGGAUCUACAAGAAUUUCGACGUCUCUUGAGGACAAUCUAUGCCAGAGCAUCCUCUCGUAUCUUGGUCUUCAAGUUGGUAUCCAUGCUGGUGGCACCCAUCUCAGCAAUUUCGUUGGUAGAAAUGAUUCAAGGUGUACCCUACUUGGUGGACCUAUUUGGAGCCUUACUCCCGGAAUCCACUCCCAAAUUCCUGGUGAAUCUGCUCGAAAAGGACUCCUUUUGGGUGACUAUAUUUACAGUCCUCUUUAUUCAGAGUUUGGGCAAGCUUGCUUUACGAUUGGUAGAUUGGUUCUGGUGGGGAAGCAAUUCUAAAGACAAGUACUAUGAGGACUGUGAUGAGUUGGAAGAGAAAUGA